AUGUCAGCCGUUCAACUUGCAGAGCGAAGAAUCCAGUCGUCCAUCUCCUUGGCCAACAAAGAUCCCAAGCAAGGCUUUGGUGAGUUCCGCCAGGAUACCGAAACCACUGAAAUGGAGGUUCAGCAGCGACUGGUUGGGUGGAUCCUGGGCAAGUCGGGCAUGGUGUUGAAGCAGAUUGAGCUGCAGAGCGGAGCCUCUGUGACCAUUGAUCAGUCAACGAAGGAGCUUGGGUUUAGCAAGUUGCGGAUCACCGGCGGCUUCGCACAGCGUGUGGCUGCUAGACGUUUGAUUGAAGAGAAGCUUGUUGAGGCAGAUGCAGCAGGAGCUCGAUGA